AUGAGGAGAAACGACAUUCUCAGAGAAAUGUUGCCGAAGGAGGCAGUGGGGCUCAAGUUAUCGAACGAUACGUUGGAGAAGGCAAAGAGAUACGUCGACGUGAAGCUGGAAACCUCCACCCAUACGUCUGCAUCGCAUCAUCCCGAUGUCGCCAGCUCCCAGCCUGGCAAGCAUAUUUCGUCAGCAGCCAAGGUGAAGGCGUCAGUGCGGUCCAAGAAGAGGUUGCGCGGAUCGGUGGACGAGUACAUGCACAAGAAGAUGGAUGACUCGGAAGAGGAGAAACGUUCGACACGCUACAAACGAACAUAA